GCCACCUGCGGAUGUGGCCGCGGCUGCUUAGCAAUUAUUUUUCAGAUUGAACAAGGACAAACUGCACUCGCCAGACACCCAUUUCCAAAACACAACCAGAUAUCGAUAUACUUGCUACGGCUCUUCAUCAUGGGCCUAGAGAACGUCAAGCACGUUGUCCUCGUCCUCUCAGGCAAAGGAGGCGUUGGCAAAUCCAGCGUGACCCUCCAACUCGCUCUCUCCCUCUCCCAACAAGGUCACAAUGUCGGUAUCCUGGAUAUCGACCUAACAGGACCCAGCAUACCGCGCCUGCUCAAUCUUGAAGACAAAAAGGUGACACAAGCGCCUGGCGGCUGGUUACCAGUCAAAGUCCAUGACGCCGUCCAAGCAGACUCGAAUGGCGCAAUCACAACCACCUCAUCCUCACGCCGCGGCUCGCUUCACGCCCUCUCGUUAGCUUUCCUCCUUCCAUCGCGCUCCUCCGCCGUAAUAUGGCGCGGCCCCAAGAAAACUGCAAUGAUUAGACAGUUUGUCUCAGACGUCCUAUGGCCUCCGAAUACAGACUACCUCCUCAUCGACACGCCACCCGGCACCAGUGACGAACAUAUCGCAAUCGUGGAAGAACUACAUAAACUCGCUGCGGAGGUUGAAACGGUCACCAAUGGCAACGGUAUAUCCUUACAUAUUGACCACCGUCCCAAACUUUCCGGCGCGGUCGUGGUGACCACUCCCCAGGCAAUAUCCACAGCCGACGUACGGAAAGAACUCAAUUUCUGUGUCAAAACGCAGAUUGACGUACUGGGAGUGAUCGAGAAUAUGGCGGGAUAUAUGUGUCCAUGCUGCGGUGAAGUAAGCAAUGUCUUCAGCAAAGGCGGUGGAGAGAUCAUGGCUAGAGAAUGCAAUGUCCCCUUUCUUGGCUCAGUGCCAAUAGACACAGGAUUCGGCGCCAUGGUCGAAGGUGCAACGGCAAGUCAACAGGCAUCAACUACUGAUGGAACAAGCUCCAAUUCCGAAAAGCCGACAGAACUCGUGGAGCGGUAUAAAGAAUGUGGACUAUGUCCUAUCUUCGCAGACUUUGCGAAGCGGGUAGAUGAGAAGGUACAGCCUGUGACGGCCUCAUGAUAUCCACAUUAUCUGAACACUAUCUUCCUGCGCAUCGACUCUUUGGUAUUUCCAGUUGAAUCACCGCCUGAUGCCUGUUUGGUGCAUCAAUCGAAGAGGCAUCAUCCUGCUAACCCCAUGUCGACUGUUUUGUUGACCCCUCUAUCGGAAGGAGGAGAUCAAUAUCGCGACCUUGGCUAGGCGUUCCAGAUCGCUCAAAUAUG